GUGACUUUGAAGCCAAAUCUGAAAAAUGAGUAAGAGUUAGCCUGUGAGAGGGGAUGCUCUUGAGGCUGAGGGGUGACAGACGCAGAGCCUUGGGACAGACCCCUCGCUGGAGGCUUGUGGGGCACCAUGCCGGUGGAAAGGAUGCGCAUGCGCCCGUGGCUGGAGGAGCAGAUAAACUCCAACACGAUCCCAGGGCUCAAGUGGCUUAACAAGGAAAAGAAGAUUUUUCAGAUCCCCUGGAUGCAUGCGGCUCGACAUGGGUGGGACGUGGAAAAAGAUGCACCACUCUUUAGAAACUGGGCAAUCCAUACAGGAAAGCAUCAACCAGGAGUAGAUAAACCUGAUCCCAAAACAUGGAAGGCGAAUUUCAGAUGUGCCAUGAAUUCCUUGCCUGAUAUUGAAGAAGUCAAGGAUAAAAGCAUAAAGAAAGGAAACAAUGCCUUCAGGGUCUACCGAAUGCUGCCCCUAUCGGAGCGGCCUUCUAAGAAAGGAAAGAAACCAAAGACAGAAAAAGAAGACAAAGUUAAGCACAUCAAGCAAGAACCAGUUGAGUCAUCUCUGGGGCUUAGUAAUGGAGUAAGUGAUAUUUCUCCUGAGUAUGCGGUCCUGACUUCAGCUAUAAAAAAUGAAGUGGAUAGUACGGUGAACAUCAUAGUUGUAGGACAGUCCCAUCUGGACAGCAACAUUGAGGAUCAAGAGAUUGUCACCAAUCCGCCGGACAUUUGCCAAGUCGUAGAGGUGACCACUGAGAGCGAUGAGCAGCCGGUCAGCAUGAGCGAGCUCUACCCUCUGCAGAUCUCCCCCGUGUCUUCCUAUGCAGAAAGCGAAACGACUGAUAGUGUGCCCAGCGAUGAAGAGAGCGCUGAGGGGCGGCCACACUGGCGGAAGAGGAAUAUUGAAGGCAAACAGUACCUCAGCAACAUGGGGACUCGAGGCUCCUACCUGCUGCCCGGCAUGGCGUCCUUCGUCACUUCCAACAAACCGGACCUCCAGGUCACCAUCAAAGAGGAGAGCAAUCCGGUGCCUUACAACAGCUCCUGGCCCCCUUUUCAAGACCUCCCCCUUUCUUCCUCCAUGACCCCAGCAUCCAGCAGCAGUCGGCCAGACCGGGAGACCCGGGCCAGUGUCAUCAAGAAAACAUCGGAUAUCACCCAGGCCCGCGUCAAGAGCUGUUAAGCCUCUGACUCCCCCGGUGGUUAGUGGGGCUUCUUGGCUUUGUUUUGUUGUUUGUUUGUAUUUUAUUUUUUUCUCUCUGACACCUAUUUUAGACAAAUCUAAGGGAAAAAGCCUUGACAAUAGAACAUUGAUUGCUGUGUCCAACUCCAGUACUGGAGCUUCUCUUUAACUCAGGACUCCAGCCCAUUGGUAGACGUGUGUUUCUAGAGCCUGCUGGAUCUCCCAGGGCUACUCGCUCAAGUUCAAGGACCAACAAGGGCAGUGGAGGUGCUGCAUUGCCUGCGGUCACGGCCAGCAAGGUGGAGUGGAUGCCUCAGAACGGACGAGAUAAUGUGAACUAGCUGGAAUUUUUUAUUCUUGUGAAUAUGUACAUAGGCAGCACUAGCGACAUUGCAGUCUGCUUCUGCACCUUAUCUUAAAGCACUUACAGAUAGGCCUUCUUGUGAUCUUGCUCUAUUUCACAGCACACUCAGCACCCCCUUCUCUGCCCAUUCCCCAGCCUCUCUUCCUAUCCCAUCCCGACCCAUCCCAUCCCACUCUUUUCCUACUUUUCCUUCCCUCAAAGCUUCCAUUCCACAUCCGGAGGAGAAGAAGGAAAUGAAUUUCUCUACAGAUGUCCCAUUUUAAGACUGCUUUUAAAAAAAUCCUUCUAAUCUGCUAUGCUUGAAUGCCACGCGGUACAAAGGAAAAACUAUCAUGGAAAUAUUAUGCAAAUUCCCAGAUUUGAAGACAAAAAUACUCUAAUUCUAACCAGAGCAAGCUUUUUUAUUUUUUAUACAGGGGAAUAUUUUAUUCAAGGUAAAAUUCUAAAUAAAAUAUAAUUGUUUUUUAUCUUUUCUACAGCAAAUUUAUAAUUUUAAGAUUCCUUUUCUUGUUUAUCAGCAGUUGUUAUUACAUCCUUGUGGCACAUUUUUUUUUUUUUUUAAUUUUGUAAAGGUGAGAAAAGCUUUUAUGAGCUCAUGUAGCAAUCAGAUUAUCCUGUGGAUUGAUAAUAAAUGAAUAUGAUAUAUAGUUACAUUUUUAAGGGGCAUCACUCCUGGCUUUGUCUGUGUCUGCUUUAAAAGAGCACAAUCACGGAAUAGGACUGACAAAGUAUUGUUUCUUUUUGGGGACCAAAAUGUUUUCCCUUGUUGACCACAAGAAACCCUGGAGGUUCCUACUGUGAGGCCUCAGAUGACUUCUUCUCUUGAGGGCUCGCCUGAGCAGGGGCCUGUGCUGAGCGUUUUCCGUGAGUUGCCACCUUCAUUCAUCACACUUGUGCUGUAGAAUAGGCAUUCAUCUCCGUUUCAUGUGGAGGAAAUGAAGACUUAGCGUGAAGAUGCCUUUACUCAGCUCACAGUGGCACUAAGAGGCCGGGGCACAAGUUGGGUGCAAGUUGAGCCCAAUUCCCUGUGCUAUGAAGGGGGUCUUGUUUCUUGUAAGCAUGUCUGUGAUCUCAAAUGUCUCUCUUCCUUUGUGUUGGGAGCGUUCCCUAGGGAGGGGGAGUAUUUUAGCUACUCCACUGGUUUCCUUCUCUGCUAUGAGUGGGUUCACCCACCUCUGUGUCUUUCCUGUUUUCAUCCUUAGGCUUACACGUACAACGAACGUUUUGUGUUUAUGUCACUUAGAGGGGUGCGUGGAUAAGACAUUUUCCACUACAGGAAAUAUGUGUUGGGCUCCAACACCAUGUCUGUCACUAUUCUUUCUAGGACCCAAGGCCUUACACAUAGACGCUGCCCUCAAAACUUGGGGUCUGUCUUGUGGAAUAAAAGGGGUGACUUCAAGAACACCAGUCUUUAUCAUCCACUUGGUGUUUGAAGGUAUAGUCUUGGCCUGGAGAAAGCCACAGCACCAACCUCCCCUGCAUCCCCAGUGUCUUAUUCUGUAAAAUCAGAAUAUGAAAACUCCGCUGCCUGCCUGCUACCUCUGGGGGGUUGUGGAGGAGAUUGCUAAGUUAAUAUUUGAAGAGGUUCCUUUAAUGAAAGGACAAAAGGCUAUUUCUGUGCCUAUCUCCAUGUGUGGCUGCAGAUAUAAUUAGCGGCCAUAAAGUUAUCCAGCCCUGGAUGGAAAUCAACUGGAGCAUUUUCCUGGCGGAUGCAUUGUAGUUGAAAUGCCACACACAGAGGCGGGGCUGCUUCUGGAAGAAGCACCUUCCUUGACUGUCUCAGUUUCUUAGUGAAAGGGGAGUUAUCAGGAGGAAAGGGAUGCUCCCUGGCUCCUUGGCACCCUGCUUUUCAGUUAAGACCUGCUCUUCCCCCAGGUCCUAAAUGGAGGAGUUUAGUUCUUUGAGACUUACAUCUAAAACCUUUUACUGAGUCAUCCUGUUUUUAAAUAAAUUAACAAAACAGUAACGGAAGGUUGCCCUGAGUCACAUGACCUGGUUAUCAAAGGGUUUCAGGUAGCUCAGGUCUCCUCCCCCUUCCUUCUUCCCAACACAGGCUCAGGGCUUCUUCCUGCAUCUCAGGUCCCAAAUGCCAUUCCUGCUGCCCUCCCCCUGCUUCUGUAGUGUGACCAGACUUCUCAAACCCCAUCAAGUGGAAUAAAAUUCAGGACUUGGAAAUGCAUCA